GUUAGAAGAUGAUAGUUUCUAAUGAUACAGAAAAUGUUGCCGGUUUACUCGCAUCGGUAUAUCGUAUCAUUUCGACUCAAUCGAUUCACUCAUAUGAAAAAGAACCCAUUUGAACUUACAUAAUCGUGAAGUACGGUAACGUACUGUAUGUACGUGCCAGGGCGUAGAGUAGUGGCUCGGUUUCCAGGUAAACCGCUCUCACAUUCAAUUUCAUCUCUUGCAUCUUUUUCGUAUGCUAGAUGGAAUAGAACAGGAUCGAAUAGACCCAUUGAGAAUCUGGAACAAACCAGUGGUUUCGGUCGGCAUUAGAAAUCCAAGUUACUGUAUGAUUAGCUCAAAAAGUGAACACCCUUUUUACCUAGAAAAAUAAUAAAUGCGCUACGGUCUCCUAUUUUCUGCAAUUGCAUCGACUGGUCGAGCUUUCUCGUACAAAAUCCCAUUACCGUCCAAAACGAAAGUGACACUGGCUUCUACGACGGUGGCAUUGUUUUCAACAUCGUUGGGGUGYGUGCAAGAUUCCACAAUGAGCAGUUCGUCUUGCGGACCACCGAUAUCUACGACAGGAACUGGAUAUCUUAACGCUGUAGAUGCGGCAGCUCUUGACGUCGAGCUCAUGUCCACCCCUGGGUUUUCGUUGGAACAGCUAAUGGAACUUGCGGGUUUAGCGGUGGCCGAGGCCGUGUACCAGGUCAUAAAACCGCCUUUGAAUCCCGAGGAUCCAAAGCGAAAGAUUCUCCUCGUAUGCGGACCGGGAAACAACGGAGGCGACGGGCUGGUGGCAUCGCGACAUCUGUAUUUUUUUGGAUACGACUGUGUGGUGGUGUAUCCAAAAAAAUCGAAGAAGCAACAUUUCAUCAAUCUUGUCAAACAAUGUGAAGACGUUGGAAUACCCGUCUUGGACGAAAUGCCCACCGAUACGGAGUCCUUUGAUUCCAUCGUGGAUGCCAUUUUUGGCUUCAGUUUCAAAGGAGAGCCACGCGAGCCAUUUGCAACGAUCCUCAAUCAGCUGAAAGAAGUGCAAGAAGCRGACAACACKGUGCAAAURGURUCCGUGGAUGUUCCUUCAGGGUGGAACGUUGAUGAGGGAGAUGUGGCAAACACGGGCUUUGUUCCAGAUACAGUGRUCAGUCUGACUGCGCCAAAAUUCUGCACAAAGGAAUUCACAGGACGCCAUUUUAUUGGUGGCCGUUUCUUGCCACCAAAAAUUGCAAACAAGUAUCAAGUCCAAAUGCCUCCGUACGAGGGAGUUUCUCAAGUCAUGGAAGUCACUCGGGAACACAUCGAAGGCAAAUCACAAACAAUGAAAGAAUCACCUACGGCUGCAUCUGACGAUUCCUGGAGAGAGGAAUAUGCCGCCUAUCUGGCUGAGAAAUACCAAGAUUCCGAAGCCAAUCCCGCAACUCCUCCACAUUUGAAGGAACCUGAUGACCAAGACAAAAAGGAGUCUUCUGAAGAAACAUGGGAGAUGCAAUAUGCUGCAUAUUGUCAAGAAAAGGAAGCUCGAUUGGCUGAAGAAGACGCCAUGCGCAAAGAGUCCAUUCGAAAGGAACGUUCCGAAUAGGAUGCUGCAUACCCAUAUACAAAGAACAAGUGAACAAAUUUUAUUACUGUAGACAAUAUUCCACUUCUCCAAACGUAGCAAAUUUUAGGGGUGAUGUCCCCUAAACAAACUGGGACUGAAUUCAAGUGGAGGCAAUGACACAAUGAUAAACUGAGCACCAUUUUCACUGCAACAGACAAAGCUUUUGCACUACUAUUUUUGUACACUGACUGCAAAUUGUUGAACAAUUCUGGGAGUGGAAAGACAACCAGAAAACAAUUCACCAACAGCAGGAUUGGUAACAAAGAGGUAGUAACAAAGAGGACUGGAGCUACGGGGGAUAUAUGCUGUUCAGGAUGUUAAAAAAAGAGUGGAAGAUACUGUGGCGGCAAUUGAACAAAUACUAAGAAGGGCAGUAUACAGAAGAGAAAACAGAGAGGACAAGGAGGAUAGAACUAAAAGAACAUUGCGCAAAAUCAAAAAGAAUUUUGAUCAGAAAAUAUUGGGAGGACAACGAGAUCUUAAAUGAGCAAACUGAGGUCGAAGAUACUACAACCAGUAUGAAUACCAAACUUAAGUACUACAUUAAAAAUAAUGACACGCU